AUUAAUUUGGGAUAAUAUGGAAAAUGUGACCAAUCAAAUUAUUGCUAUUGUUAAUAGAUCAAAGGAAGAAAAAGAUGGUCACACUUUAAGAACUGUUAUAUAUAUUAUAUUUGAUUAUGCGUGUCAAUGCCGAAAUUUUAGUGACCUAUAUGCACACCUUUGUAAAAAUUUAAUGGAUGGAAUGGAUCAAGAUAUUAUUGAUAAAUAUAUUAAAAUGCCAGACGGUUACGCUGCAAAAGGACGUAAUUUGUUUUUAAAAUAUUUAUAUACAAAAUGUCAAAUUGAAUUGGAAAAAGGUUGUGCAGCUGAUUUAUACAUUAAACGUGACGAAAAUGGUGAACUUAUCAACAAAUCUAAUGAUUACUUUUUAGCCAUUCGAGAAAGAAAACGAUGGUUAGGUCUCGCACGAUUCUUUGCUGAAUUGUUUAAAAGAAAUGUUAUUACUGAAUCAAUGAUACAUAAAUGCGUUAAACAUUGUUUAAACAAAGCACAAAGUCCAUUUAUCGAUCAAAGAAUUGAUUUUUUGUAUGAAUUAUUAAAAACGGCCGGUAAACUUAUGGAUCAUGAAAAAGCGCGAUCUCAUAUGGACACGUAUUUUGAAAGAAUGGCCUUUUUCGCGCAACAUACUCAAUUGAAUAAACAUCUAUGUGUUAUGUUAAUGGAUUUGAUCGAAUUGCGUAAAAACGGUUGGAAUCCUGUCAAUAAAAAGUCCGAUUACGAUAGUUUAUAUGACAUUGAGAAGAUGAAUAAUGAAGAUUUGAAACAAUUACAAAAUUCCGAUGUGAAGGCAAUACAUAUUGAUGAUGUCGAUUACAAGACUUUUAAACGAAUUUUAUAUUACUUUUAUACCGGAAAAAUUGACCCUAAAUUGGAUGUUGAG